AUGAUAUUGACAUUCAAUACUACAAAGGUGAUAAAAGAGAAUUGGUUGAGAUAUAACAUAGAGUAUCAGAGUAUUGAAUAUGCUACACAGACCCAGACCAUUCAAAUACGCAACUUCUUCACCUCCUAUGGCACCGACAUACUUCAAGGUUCAGUAAUCUACGAAGACAACACAUUCACCAACUUUACAACAUCUUUCUCAUGUCCAGCACCAGACACCAAGUUGGGCGUGAAUAUCUUGACUCCUUUGGUGUACAAUAGAGUCAAUCCUUAUGUAGAGUAUAGGGAGAAUCUGCCUCAGUUGUUCUUGACCAGAAAGGCUGGACAUAGAGUAUCAGCACCAUCACAAUCAAUAUUUAUAGAUAUAAUGUAUUAUAAGUUCUAUGUAUCGAUUGAUCAUCCAUCAUGGUUACCUACAAACUAUUAUGGUUGUCAAGUAGAUGGAUAUUUAUGUGAUAUUCAAUUCGAUUCAUUCACUCCAUCAGGUAAUCAAACUAUAUGUUUGGUUGGAUUGGUACCAAUACCCACCAACGUCCAGUUUGACAACAGGAACAAUGUGCACCUGACCAUCUUUGAUCAGGUAGAGAGAAAGUACGACGUCUUCAUAUCCAGCUACCCCUUCACACGCAUUACAUCAUCCAACUCAGUCAACCCCAAUGUUACAGCGAUUGAAGUACUGCCUGACCCAUCAUAUGGUCCAGUGUCAUAUACAUCUCAGUUCACCUAUGCAACAAUGAUCAACUCUACUUCAAUAACCAACUAUGUCGCCAAAGUCAACACACGUUAUGUAUAUGGUGCGUCAAUGAAGCGAGUACUUGGAUCACCCGAGACAACAACAGUGACAGUCGUGCCAGGUCGAGUCAGUUCAUCACAAUACAACUAUGUAUAUCAUUCCAACGGAACUGGAGGAUACACAGAAGUCGGUCCCAGCGUUAACUAUUACAUCAGUAAAACCUUGGAAUGGAAAUCAACUUAUUCGACCAUUCAAUAUGAGUCUGACUCCAAGUCCAUCAGUACCAAUAAUUAA